CCUCCGCUCUCCGGCGCUCGAAAGUUGCAUUUGCAGCGACUCGUCUUUGCGUCAAGUGAGGCGCAAGCAUCGUAGAAGUUGCGUAUCGACGCAGCAGCAGCGCACACGCACCGCUGAAAAGCGCGCAAGAGAUUGCGCGGACGCAGCAAAGCCAAGCGAUUGCAGCAGCAAAGCAGGCAAAGCGAGCAGCACUCAGGCAGCGCGAAGCAGGCGCGUCGCAGUAACAGAGACAACAGCAGCAGUUAAAACCAUGUGCGGCAUCCUCGGCAUCUUCGACGUCGCCCCGGGCACGACGCAAUCUACGCUACGAGCGAAGUUGAUAGAAUGCGCGCGACGCAUGAGACACCGAGGUCCUGAUUGGAGCGGCUACCAGCUCAUCUCCCAGGGCAAGGACAAGCAGGAGCUGGGCGCCGGCCAGCACGCGUCGUCCGAGUCCCUCCAGCGACUGUGCAUUGCCGAGCAUGGCGUCCGGGGCGCCGCAAAACAUGCGAUCGCGCAUGAGAGAUUAGCCAUCAUCGACCCCGAGAGCGGCGCGCAACCGUUGUUUGCGGCCGAGUGCAAACAGGCCGGCAUCGAGGAAGGGAGCAUCAUCGUGGCCGCGAACGGCGAGAUUUAUAAUUACAAGGAGCUGUAUGAGUUACUGAAGAAGGAGGGCGUGCCCUACGAGCCGAACACCGGUUCCGACUGCGAGGUGCUCAUCCCGCUCUACGUCAAGUUCGGCCUGGAAAAGGCCUGUAGCCUGCUGAGGGGUAUGUUCUCGUUCAUCAUCUACGACCAAAGGACGGGCUUUUAUGGAGCGGCUAGAGAUCAUAUUGGUAUUACAUCAUUAUACUUGGGCAGAGGUAGUGACGGGUCGGUCUGGAUCGCCUCGGAGAUGAAAUCGUUGGCGAGAGACUGUCCUGACGUCGAACAAUUCAAGCCGGGCCACUGCUGGCGGAGCGACACGCAGCAGUACGCCCUGUGGUACGCCCCGACGUGGCGGUCGGGCGUCUUGCCGUCGACGCCCUGCGACUUUACGAAAUUACGGGAGGCCUUCGUCAAGGCCGUCAGUGACUCAGCGUCUUCGUUGAACUUGAACCUGACGCGGUCGCGGCGAUGGCGUCCUCGCGAUGCCACGAUGGCGUCGUCAUGAUCACACGAGAGAGUCUACGCGCCUCGUGACGGCGUCCGUGCCACACAGGUGGAGCGACGCAUGAUGUCCGACGUGCCGUGGGGCGUCUUGUUGUCUGGAGGUCUCGAUUCUUCCCUCGUCGCGAGUGUCGCCCAGAGAACACUCACGCGCAAGGCGCAGGGCGAAGGCGCCAGUUCGUGGAUGUCGAAGCUCCAUAGCUUCUCCGUGGGACUGAAGGGCUCGCCGGACCUCGAAGCUGCUCAGAAAGCGGCAGACCACAUCGGCACGCAGCACCACCCCUACACGUUUACUCUACAAGAAGGCUUGGACGCGGUGGCCGAGGUCGUCCAUCAUCUCGAGACGUACGACGUCACGACCAUCAGAGCGGCCACUCCCAUGUUCCUCAUGUCGCGCAAAAUUAAAGCCAUGGGCGUGAAGAUGGUCCUGUCGGGCGAGGGCGCCGAUGAAAUACUAGCAGGCUACCUCUACUUCCACAAGGCCCCCAACAAGCAGGAGCUCCACGCCGAAUUAAUUGACAAAGUGGCCCAGCUCAACAUCUACGACUGCCUCCGCGCCAAUAAGAGCACGAUGGCCUGGGGCGUCGAGGCUCGGGUACCCUUCCUCGAUGCCGAUUUUUUGGAAGUGGCCAUGAACAUCGACCCGAAAGAAAAAAUGAUCGACGUGAGCAAGGGCCGCAUCGAGAAGUACAUCCUGCGCAAGGCCUUCGACACGCCGGACGAUCCCUACUUACCAGCAGACAUAUUAUGGAGGCAGAAGGAGCAGUUUAGUGAUGGCGUCGGGUAUGGCUGGAUCGACGCGCUCCGAGAUCACGCCGACGCGCAGGUGUCGGACCACCAGUUCGCGGUGGCCAAACAUCGCUUCCCGUACAACACGCCGGCGACGAAGGAAGCGUAUUACUACCGCCAGAUCUUUGAUGGGAUCUACCCGUCGCUCGGGGCGGCGCGCACGAUCCCCGAGGGCAAGUCCAUUGCGUGUUCUACCGAAAGGGCAUUAGCUUGGGACGCGUCGUUCCGGGGCCGGGCGGACCAGAGCGGUCGUUCGGUAGGCGUCCACACGGCGGCCUACGACGCGUCCUUCGACGUCGACGCGGACAAGAAGAAGGCCGGGCGGGACGACGUGAACUCGGUGGGCCUCGAGUUCUAGGUUUCGGGGCGCUGCCUCCCCGUGUACACAAGAUACCUUGCUUAUCACUGUAGUAGGGGCGCGCGGCGACGGCGUCUCGGGG